GAAAGGUUUGUAUGUCAGUCUCGCUCAGGUGGUUCGUGAGCAGCGUUCGAAACGGUUGGAUUCCGAAUGAUUGAGAGGCAUUUGAAAAAGUGUUGUGUUUUGGAGUAGUGCUGAAUUCCUUAUACGCAGAAUUGCUCUUGCCUGCCUGAGCUGAACAAAGAUAAUUACUCAGGAAAUGUUUCAGCCAAUCCCCUGCAGCUUUACAUCCUGGUAGUCAAAGGAGGCCAUUCAGGGUGCAGCUUCUAUCAGAGAGUCGAUCAAGCUGAAGUACCAAGCCCUUUCUGUCUAAGAACUGAGACUGUCCUCCAUGUUUUAUAAGUAUUGACAUAACACUGUGUUAGCCAUGCAUCCACAGAGUUUGGCUGAAGAAGAAAUUAAAACAGAACCGGAGGUGGUUGAGGGAAUGGACAUCUCAACACGAUCUAAAGUUUCAGAUCCUGGGCCAGCAGAGCGUGUAGCACAGAAAAGAAAGAUUCCUAGUCCUCCACAUUCUUCCAAUGGCCACUCCCCAACAGAGCCAUCUGCCAGCCCCAUAAAAAAGAAAAAGAAACCUGGUUUAGUGAACAGUCACAACAAGGAGCAGUCAGAACUAAGGCAUGGUCCCUUUUACUAUAUGAAGCAGCCACUCACCACAGACCCUGUUGAUGUUGUGCCGCAGGACGGGCGGAAUGACUUCUAUUGCUGGGUGUGUCACCGUGAGGGCCAGGUCCUCUGCUGUGAGCUUUGCCCACGGGUCUACCAUGCAAAGUGUCUGAAACUGACAGCUGAGCCUGAGGGGGACUGGUUCUGUCCUGAAUGCGAGAAAAUAACAGUAGCGGAAUGUAUAGAAACUCAAAGCAAAGCAAUGACAAUGCUAACGAUAGAUCAGCUGUCGUACCUUCUUAAGUUUGCACUACAGAAGAUGAAACAACCUGGGGAUCAGCCUUGCUCGCCUCUCUCUCCCCAUGCAGCAGCCCAUCGGAGAGAACCUAUUAAUUGGACGGAGCCAUUUCAGAAGCCAGUUUCACUAGAACAACACCCUGAUUAUGCUGAAUAUAUCUUUCAUGCGAUGGACCUUUGCACGUUAGAAAAGAACAUCAAAAAGAAAAUGUAUGGUUGUACUGAAGCUUUCCUGGCUGAUGUUAAGUGGAUUUUGCACAACUGCAUAAUUUAUAACGGAGGUAAUCACAAAUUGACAGCGACGGCUAAAGUCAUAAUAAAAAUUUGUGAACAUGAAAUGAAUGAAAUUGAAGUGUGUCCAGAAUGCUAUCUGUCAGCCUGCCAAAAGAGGGAAAACUGGUUUUGUGAGCCUUGUACUAACCCUCAUCCUCUAGUAUGGGCAAAACUGAAAGGCUUUCCAUUCUGGCCUGCCAAAGCACUGAGGGAUAAAGACGGGCAGGUUGAUGCCCGAUUUUUUGGGCAGCAUGAUAGGGCAUGGGUCCCUAUAAAUAACUGCUACCUCAUGUCAAAAGAAAUUCCUUUUUCUGUGAAAAAGACAAAAAGCAUCUUUAACAGUGCCAUGCAAGAGAUGGAGAUCUACGUGGAUAACAUUGGGAAGAAGUUUGCCGUUUUUAAUUACGCUCCCUUCAGGACACCGUACACCCCAAACAACCAGUUUCAAAUGCUGCUGGAUCCCACUAAUCCGACGGGGGGGACUGUAAGGCCAGACAAACAAGAGAAAAUCAAGUUCAAUUUUGACAUGACGGCAUCCCCAAAGAUCAUUCUGAGUAAACCCAUGCUGACCUGCAGCACUGGACGGAGAAUCUCCUUAACCGACAUGCCAAGGUCUCCGAUGAGUACAAAUUCCUCUGUGCAUACAGGCUCCGACAUCGAGCAGGACGCUUCAGAGAAGAGCGUCAAGGCUCCAUUUAGUCACUACAGUGCUGGUGAGGAGUCCGUGGACUUCACAGAUCGGAGCACAGCAUCUCCAGCAUCUGCGAAAAUGGGGCAUGCUGGGAGUCCAAAACCUUUCGCUUCUCAAUCAUCCACACCCAUUGCUCCCAAACAAGAACGCACCUCAACAACUGGCAGCAUUCUUAACCUUAACCUGGAUCGCAGCAAAGCUGAAAUGGACCUGAAGGAACUGAGCGAGUCGGUACAGCAGCAGUCCACAGCGCUUGUGCUGACAUCACCAAAGAGACAAAUACGCAGCCGUUUCCAGCUCAAUCUUGAUAAAACCAUUGAAAGUUGUAAAGCCCAACUUGGAAUAAAUGAGAUUUCUGAAAAUGCGUACACAGGGGUUGAACAUAGUGAUUCUGAAGAUUCUGAGAAGUCUGACUCCAGUGACAGCGAGUAUAUGAGUGAAGAUGAACAGAAAUUAAAAAAUGGACAAGACGAGGAUAAAAGCGAAAGGGACCUAAAAAAGAAAGCCAAACUGUCUUCCCAAAGUGAUGUAAAAACAGAGGCUAAUGAGGAAAGCAAAGGAACCGAACAGAAAACUGAACUCUUAACAAAAGAAAGGUCAAGCUCAGACUUGGAAAAGGAGCAUUCAGAAAUACUUAAGGGUUCACAGCACUCUUCAAAGGAAAAGUUAAAAGCCAAAGAAGAGGUGGGGCCCCCUCCUGUGGGCCAGGACAUGGAUUCAGACUCCGAUGGGGAGCUGGUGAUAGACCUGGGGGAGGAUCAUGCUGCCCGUGACAGGAAGAAAAGCAAGAAGGAGCAGACUUCCACAAAUGCAACGAAAGAGACUCCUGCUGCUAAGCAAGAGGGUAAGGUUUCUCCUCCUCCCAGCACAGCUCUGAAGCCUGCUGGAGAAACUUCUUCUUCACUUCCUAGCCUCAAGGACUCUGCUCAGACUUCCACCAUUGCAAUCCCGAUUAAUGUGGUGUCUAUCCCAGCUACUUCGCUAACAUCUAGCACUGCUGCUGCAGCAGUUAAAAAACAGAGGCCGCUUCUGCCCAGGGAAACUGCUCCAGCUGUCCAGCGGGCUGUUGUAUGGAAUUCCACAAAUAAGUUCCAAACCUCCUCACAGAAAUGGCAUAUGCAGAAGGUACAGAGACAGCAACAGAACCAGAGCCAAAACCAGCAGCAGCAGAACCCAUCCCCUCAGAAUACACAGCAACAGAGUUCACAGAAGCAAAUACAGCCAGCGCAACCACCGCUGCCAGCACAGCCACUGCAGCCACAGCAGUCUUCACAGCCCUCCACAAGCUCUCGAUACCAGACUAGACAGGCAGUUAAAGCUGUACAACAGAAAGAGGUCACUCAGAGCACAUCAACAUCUUCGAUUACUCUGGUUACAAGCACUCCAGCUGUUUCGAUGAUAACCACACCAGUAACAGUCAGCACACCUUCUACAUCAGUUAACACUGACUUCCAGAUUGCAACAACUUCAGCUGAUGUUGCAGCAGAUAUUGCUAAGUACACCAGCAAAAUAAUGGAUGCAAUAAAAGGAACAAUGACUGAAAUAUACAACGAUCUCUCAAAAAGUACUUCGGGCAAUACAAUACAAGAGAUUCGACGGUUGAGAAUUGAAAUUGAUAAGCUGCAAUGGCUGCAUCAGCAGGAGUUGUCAGAAAUGAAACACAACCUUGAGCUGACGAUGGCGGAGAUGCGUCAGAGCUUAGAGCAGGAGCGAGAUCGGCUGAUGGCGGAGGUUAAGAAACAGACAGAGCUCGAGAAACAACAGGCUGUGGAUGAGACCAAGAAAAAACAGUGGUGCGCCAACUGCAAGAAAGAAGCCAUCUUCUACUGCUGCUGGAACACCAGUUACUGUGACUAUCCAUGCCAGCAGGCUCACUGGCCUGAGCACAUGAAGUCCUGCACGCAGUCCGCCACUGCAUCUCAGCAAGAGGCUGAGAUAGAAACAAAUACAGGUGCUUCAAGCAAAACCUCCCAACAGUCCGCCAGUGUUCAGCCACUGGCAACAGAAACUACAGCUGCCCCACAUGAAAAGGACUCCAGUGUAGAAAAAAGCAAGGACAAUGACACUAUAGCAACAGGCGUGAAGAGCAGCCAGCCAAUUAAAUUGGUCCAGGUACCACAGACCUAUAUCCCAAAUUCUCAACCCACAAUAACGAUCCCAGUAGUUGUCGGCCCCAGUGCUGGGACAGUAGCCAUGCGAACAGGAGUCCAGUAUGUCCAGGCUACAAUGCCAGUUCAAGUACGCAGAGUUUAAGGCUUUGCAAAGUACACGGGAGAAAAGACUGAAAACACUCUGUGUGAGAAAUAUAAUAUAUAUAUAUAUAUAUAUAUAUAUAUAUAUAUAUAUAUAUAUAUAUAUAUAUAUAUAUAUAUAUAUAUGUAAAAUUGUGUAAAAAUGUGAAACUGCACUUCUGUGUACUAACCUUGAUACGAUGUGAAAACUAUUUGUGUAAAUGACAAAAAAAAAAAAAAAGAAAAAAACAUUGGCUACACUACACAGUUGUAUAGCAUUAGCACCCCUUUUUUAAUGAGCAUGGCUCCUAUUGAUGUGUGCUUCUUUUGUAAAUAAUUUUCCAUUUUUGGAUGUCUUAAACUUAGAUCCAUAUUCAUUUUUUACUGUUAUUUUAUUUUUUUAUUUUUUUGUCACUAUUGGAAUGCAAGACAGCAUUGGUUAAAGAUUUGGUUACAUUUAACAGAAAAUCUGAGCAAGAAUAUGAGGGGUUUUUAACAAAUGUAAAAUUAUAUAUCUUUUAUUUGAUUUUUUUUGCAUAUUUCAAUACCAUGGAAGCCCCUGGAUGCCUCAGUUGUGCAAUGCACCUGACAAUCGUGCGGUAAAAUAUACCCCAAGUCUCAAAUUAUAGAAAGAUGUAUCACUCUAUUUGUGGAAGCUUAACAUGAUUGUUAUAUGUGGGAGAUACACAAAACAGCUGUUAUUAUGGAACCCUAGACUUUGUGCAAACGGUGCAUAUCUUAAUACUGUCUGCCUACAAUUUAUAUCCCUGAUUUUUCAUGGACCUCAUUUGACUGUAUUUCUAUUGUAUGUAGUAAUGUUUAUACUGUUAAAGGGUGGUGGUAUUCAGAUCCAGCAGGGCUUAGAUUAUUAAUAGAGACCCCAGUAACACAAACACAAGCGCAUGAAAUACAGCUGUGCUAAAACUAUUCAUUCUAAAAUGGAGGCAUUAGUUUAGCUUUCUUAGCAAGCAGUUCCAUAUGAACAUAUUGUAUUAAUGGGAAAAAUAAUUGGCCAAAUUAUACUAACCAAAUGUAGAAAGCAGAAUGAAAAUGUUUGAAAUACUGUUUUUUUUUUUUGCAGAACUGUCUGUAAAAUGUAAGUUAAUGAUAAACUCAGUGUUUAUGUACGAGUCCAGCUACUGUAAAAUUUCAGUUGUACUUUUUUUUUUUUUUUACUUUCUUGUGACUUCCAUUGUUUAUAAAAGAAGCAAUUUGUAUAUAUAAGAUUGUUAGUGUAAAGUGUUAAUAGGUAUCAUUUUAACGAAGAAAAGUGUCCAGUUAUUCUGCAGGCCUAACUUGUGAAAUUUGCUUGCAUAUUUUUAUUUGUACAAAGUUUAUAUUAAAAUUGAUUUGUUUUUAUUGA